AUGCACCGCUUUGGGGUCCUGGUCUGGGUCAAACGUGGCGUGCUGUUUGCGCGUGCGGCUCCUUCUCCGUGGUCUCUUUGUGUGCCUGAUCUGCGGUUCCCUCCGUGUGCCUCCGUCGCCGCACAUCCCGUGCGCACCUCAGCUCCAGGCGUUGCACAGGUUGACGUGCAUCGUGAACAUCUGCUGCUCGAGCACCUCGCUGGUAUCGACGUCGGCCUUUUCGAUGGGGUGGGAGUACGGGCUCGAGCGUUUGUGGGGGCGAGCCGAGUCGAUUUCUGCGGAGGCGCAGCCGCGUUCGUGCAGGCCGUGGCACCCUCGCGAGGAGCCACAAUUCCACGCAUCGCCUUGUCUAGAGAGAAGAUGGGCCUUGGAGGGGAUCUUUUGACAUGGGUGAUUGAGCGCAAGCGCGGGGCGCGCCAGUUCGCCGAUAAGGCUCGCGCAGGGGCGGAGCUGUGCCGAGCCAUUUGCAAGAUGUCCUGUUCCAUUUCAAACGGGGUCCAACCAUCGUGUCACAGUUUGCACGCCGAGGAGGGCAUGGAUGCCACCCGUUGA